AUGACUUUCCAAUGGGUUUACCAAGCUGGCAAUACAUGGGUUCCUUUUGAUGGCAACAAUAAUCGCGUCUUGGAGCAAUUUUGGCGGUCUUCACGUAAUGGCCAAGUGAUCGUCAACCGCCUCCCUGCAGUUGUUUAUCCACGCCAAUUGCAAAUGCUUGUCAAUAACAAUACUUGGGUUCGGAUCGUUCGCACAGGCUGCUAA